AUGUGGCGGCUGAAGAUCGCGGAGGGCGGGGCCGACCCCUGGCUGCCCACCAAGAACGCGCACGUCGGCCGCCAGGUCUGGGAGUUCGACGCCGCCGCCGACGACCCCGACGCCCUCGCCGCCGUCGACGCCGCGCGCCGGGAGUUCACCGCGCGCCGCCACCAGCUCAAGCACAGCGCCGACCUCCCCAUGCGCAUCCAGCUUGCAAAAGAAAAUCCACUUAAGUUGGAUCUUCCUGCUAUCAAGCUGGGGGAGAAUGAAGAUGUCACGGAGGAAGCCGUAUCGACCACUUUGAAAAGGGCGCUCAGCACCUUUUCUACUCUCCAGGCACACGAUGGACACUGGCCUGGGGAUUAUGGGGGUCCUAUGUUCCUUAUGCCAGGAUUGCUUAUAAUGCUACAUGUUACUGGAGCACUGAACACUGUUUUAUCAUCAGAACAUCAAAAGGAGAUCCGUCGAUAUCUCUAUAAUCAUCAGAAUGAAGAUGGAGGUUGGGGAUUACACAUUGAGGGUCCAAGCACCAUGUUUGGCUCAGCCUUGACCUAUGUUUCUUUGAGAUUGCUUGGUGAGGGCCCAGAUAGUGGAGAUGGAGCUAUGGAGAAAGGUCGAAACUGGAUUUUAGACCAUGGGGGAGCAACUUAUAUAACAUCAUGGGGAAAGUUUUGGCUUGCGGUACUUGGUGUAUUUGAUUGGUCUGGUAACAAUCCACUGCCACCGGAAAUAUGGAUGUUGCCGUAUUGCCUGCCAGUCCACCCAGGUCGAAUGUGGUGUCACUGCAGAAUGGUCUAUCUACCCAUGUGCUACGUUUAUGGAAAGAGGUUUGUCGGCCAAAUUACACCAAUUAUAUUGGAACUAAGAAAUGAACUCUUCAAAGUCCCCUACAGCGAGGUUGAUUGGGACAGUGCUCGCAAUCUCUGUGCUAAGGAAGAUCUGUACUACCCACAUCCACUCAUACAAGAUAUCUUAUGGGCCACUCUCCAUAAAUUUGUCGAACCUGUUAUGAUGCACUGGCCUGGGAACAAACUGAGAGAGAAAUCUUUGAACCAUGUCAUGCAGCAUGUUCAUUAUGAAGAUGAGAACACUCGAUACAUUUGCAUUGGUCCUGUGAACAAGGUAUUAAAUAUGCUUGCUUGCUGGAUUGAAGAUCCAAACUCAGAAGCAUUCAAGCUACACAUUCCAAGAAUAUAUGAUUACUUAUGGGUUGCUGAAGAUGGCAUGAAGAUGCAGGGUUAUAAUGGCAGCCAGCUCUGGGACACAGCUUUUGCAGUUCAAGCUAUUGCGGCCACUGACCUCAUUGAAGAGUUUGCUCCCACUCUUAAGCUGGCACAUGAUUACAUUAAGAACUCUCAGGUUGUUGAUGACUGCCCUGGAGAUCUGAGUUACUGGUACCGUCACAUAUCUAAAGGUGCAUGGCCCUUUUCUACAGCUGAUCAUGGUUGGCCUAUAUCAGAUUGCACUGCAGAAGGACUAAAGGCCUCAUUAUUGCUAUCAAAGAUUUCUCCAGAAAUAGUGGGCGAACCAGUGGAAGUUAACAGACUAUAUGAUGCUGUCAAUUGUUUGAUGUCUUGGAUGAAGGUAUUUUAUCUGCAAGUGCUUUCGGCCUUCAGGAUAAGUACUGCUAAGCUGUUGAUUAAUAUCAAUGAAAAUGGUGGCUUGGCAACAUAUGAACUCCAAAGGUCUUAUGCCUGGCUUGAGCUUAUCAACCCUGCCGAGACCUUCGGAGAUAUUGUGAUUGAUUACCCGUAUGUGGAAUGUACCUCAGCCGCAAUUCAGGCCCUGACAUCAUUUAAAAAGCUCUAUCCUGGGCACCGCAGGAAAGAUGUAGAUAACUGUAUCAACAAAGCUGCUUGUUACAUUGAGAGCAUUCAAAGAAAAGACGGUUCCUGGUAUGGCUCUUGGGCUGUGUGCUUCACCUAUGGCACAUGGUUCGGAGUGAAGGGCCUAAUAGCUGCAGGUCGAACCUUCAAGAGCAGUCCUGCAAUCAGAAAGGCAUGUGACUUUCUGAUGUCAAAAGAGCUUCCUUUCGGUGGCUGGGGAGAAAGCUAUCUGUCAUCUCAAGAUCAGGUUUACACCAAUCUUGAAGGGAAGCAUACUCACGCUGUCAACACUGGCUGGGCCAUGCUGACUCUAAUUGACGCAGGACAGGCUGAGAGAGAUCCGACGCCUCUGCAUCGAGCAGCGAAGGUUUUGAUAAACUUACAAUCAGAGGAUGGGGAAUUUCCUCAGCAAGAGAUCAUGGGAGUCUUCAACAAGAACUGCAUGAUCAGCUACUCCCAGUAUCGGAACAUCUUCCCCAUCUGGGCGCUCGGCGAGUACCGCUGCCGAGUGCUGGGCGCGGGCAAGAAGUAG